AUGACCCCGUCGCUCGUUAAAGUACUGCAUCGCAUGCAGGAGCUCUUCCACAACCUGGUCGCUGCCCUCGAAGCCGCCUUCUUCGGAGAAACCGCACGCCGACGGCGCUCGGUAUACAGUCGUCAUGGUCGCAAGCGACGUCGCUCGCUUGAGGAAUUGGCCCAGGAAAUCGACCGGCUGUUCAAUGCACAUUUGAGUGUACAGAACAUGUUGAGCAUGUCCGCCAAGAUCAAAGACCAGCUCAAGUCGUCCUUGCAAUCGAACCCGUCCUGCAUGCUUCCGUCGUACAACCAUGCUUUACCCACGGGAAAGGAGACGGGUACUUUUCUGGCGUUGGAUGUGGGCGGGUCGACUUUCCGUGUUGCCUUGAUUGAGUUGGGUGGGAGAGAAGAAGGCAUGAAGAUUGUCAGUUCGACGUCGAUGGUGAUUGAUGAGGAGGUCAAGGCGUUGCAAGGAACUGACUUUUUCGACUGGAUGGCAAAACGUAUUGAUAAGUUUUUGACUGGAGUGGACGCGAAAUACGGUCGGGAAGAGACUCCCCUAUCAAUUGGACUAUCAUGGUCGUUCCCUGUUGACCAGACGUCUGCCAGCAGUGGAAACAUUCAGGGAAUGGGCAAAGGGUUCCGCUGUUCGGACUCGGUGUUGGGACAGGAGCUAGGCGGUUUGAUUGUGUCUGCGUGCCGGAAGCUUUCGUUGAAUGUCCGCAUGGAUGCGAUUGUGAAUGAUAGCUCUGCCACUUUGUUGACGCGCGCCUACGUCGACCCCAAGACUCGCAUGUCUCUUAUUCUUGGAACGGGUACAAAUGCGGCUGUGCAUUUUCCUGUCCAUGAAAUCGGUCUCUCCAAGUUUGGUGUCAGGCCCCCUGGAUGGUUCGAUCGUGCCAAACAUGUUAUUAUCAACACUGAAUUGAGUAUGUUUGGUGGUGAUGUGCUCCCGAUGACACGAUGGGAUGAUUACCUUAACCGCACGCAUCUACGUCCGGACUUUCAACCCUUGGAAUAUAUGAUCACUGGUCGUUAUCUCGGAGAGAUUGUGCGGUUGAUUAUUAUUGAGGCUGUUGAGACGGCAUCAUUGUUUGGUGGCGAUUUGCCUCAUUCCAUGAAGGAGCCGUACUCGUUAGACACGGCGAUUGUUGCAUUUAUUGAGGGUGACAACUCUCCGUCGCUCGCUCCGUCUGCAGCUCUUUUACAGAAGAACCAUACUUUCUCCACUACACCAACAAUAGAGGACUUGGCCUUUGUCAAACAUGUAUGCAAAUGCGUGUCGAACCGUUCGGCGGGUUACUUGUCCACUGCCAUCUACAGUAUGUGGUGUCUACGUAAUGAGGCCGAGUUUCCAGUUGACUCGACGACGGAGGCUGUCAAGAAACUCGAGCCUCAAGAGGUUACUGUCACGGAACUCGAGCAGCCCACCAAGACUUUGAGCAUCGCCUGUGACGGAAGUGUGAUUAAUAAAUACCCCGGAUUCCGGGACAGAUGUCAAUCGUACCUCGACAUCUUGACACGGGAAACCAGUGAUUCGACCGCAAAAGCGGAGGACAAGCCUUCGAUUACAUUGGAGCUUGCGCAUGAGAGUGCCAUUUGCGGUGCCGCGGUAGCAGUUGCGAUUGCCGUUGCCGAGCGAGAGUCUUAA